AUGUCGGACACUUCAAUUGCCAAAUUACCUAACCUUGAACUUGCGCAUUACCGUUUCAUUUUGAAUAAUCCCAAAACUCCAGAACAAUAUGAAGAAGCUAAAACAAAGUUAUUUAAUAUAAUUGAUGAAAACAAUAUGGCACCAUUUUACCAACUGGUAACUGAAGAACUCAAGAUCUCGUUAGACAAGACCUUGCUGUCCAAAUACCAAGAAGCUAAUAAAGAAGAGUUAGAAAAAUUAGAAGAACGGCUGCAGGAUGCCGAAAAAAAUCUUGGUGAAACGGAAAUAAGCGACGCUUUGUUAGCCAAAGCCGAUUACUUUGCCAAAAUUGGGGAUAAAGAAAAAGCUCUCACAGCAUAUCGAGUUGCCUUGGAAAAAACCGCAGGAUUAGGUUCUCGAAUUGAUAUAAUCUUUUCUUUUGUACGAAUUGGAUUCUUUUUUAAUGAUAAUGACCUAAUUUGUCGUAAUAUCGAAAAAGCAAGAAGUAUGAUCGAAGAAGGUGGUGACUGGGAUCGACGUAAUCGCCUUAAAGUUUAUGAAGGCAUAUAUCGAUUAUCAAUACGUGAUUUUAAAACAGCAGCAAAUCUAUUUCUUGAUACACUUUCAACCUUUAUGUCAACCGAGUUAAUGGAGUAUAAGGACUUUGUGAAAUAUGCAGUUUUAGCAGGAAUCAUUUCUCUUAAUCGAGUUGAUUUAAAAAAGAAGGUGAUUGAUGCGCCAGAAGUAUUGGAAGUACUGGACGAGAUCCCAUAUUUAAAGGACUAUAUCAAUUCACUUUAUAACUGUGAAUAUGCAAAAUUCUUCCGAUCCCUCGCUGAUGUGGAAAGAAGUCACCUUCGCACAUCAAGAUACUUAUUUUCUCACCUCCGAUAUUACGAUAAUUCUAUUGUAUAA